AUGAAUUUCUCCUUUGGAACACCAACAACUACAACCGCUUCGACGGGUGGGUUUUCUCUCGGUGCUCCAGCGACCAGUACCGCUACGGGCGGCUUUUCCUUUGGUACGGCGCCAACUUUCGGAGCGACCGGCGCAUCCGUACCAGCACCGACGUUGUCGCUUAAUCCCACGGCAACCGCAACAACAGCAACCCCAACCGUUGGAGGAAUAGGAACACUUUCGUUUGGAGCAUCGCUGGGCAGCACGGUUGCUGGCGCUGCGGCUUCAUCUACUGCAGCAGGUACUCAGCCAUCGGGCACAACGGCAGCAUUGCCAACGUUUGGUUCACUGGGCGGAUCGACACAGCUGGGCGUGGGUUUAUCAGCACCAACGCCCUCCCUCGCAGCGGCCAAUGCUAAUCAAGCGUCCGGUAAUGCAGCUUCUGGUAUCACCCCACUCAGUGGGUCUCUUGCCACACCUGCCCCGACAACAACCGCAGCUGCUCCAUUAACCCUGGGUGGUUUCGGGAUGUCCAAACCAACGGAACAAAACACGUUGUCUUUGGGAGUGACAAACACUACCACAACCACACCAGCUGCCACCACAAACACAGCAGCGGUUACUACCGGUGCGAGUAUCGGCCUGGCAGCUAGUUUGACAACCAACACACAAACCACACAGUCCGCUACCGUUGCCGGUAAUCAGCAGCUGAAGUUCUUCCAGUUGGAAGAGUUCAUCAACAAGUGGACGCUCGAGCUAGAGGAGCAGGAAAAACUGUUCACCAACCAGGCCACGCAGGUGAACGCAUGGGAUAACAUGCUGCUUGCGAACGGUGAAAAGAUUGUCGCCCUCAACGAAGCGGUCAUGAAGGUUAAGGCGGAACAGAACGCGAUGGAGCAGGAACUAGAAUUUAUCACUGCGCAGCACACCGAGCUGGAGGAGUGUAUCGUUCCACUCGAGCAGGAGCUUUCGCGCAUCGGUCAAAUAGAUCUCGAGCGUGGUCAAACGUACUCGAUGGCGGAAACACUUGACUCACAGCUAAAGCAGAUGUACGAGGACCUGAAGGAGGUGAUUGAGCACCUGAACGAUGCAAACAAGUACACGGAUCCGAACGAUCCACUCGUGCAGAUCGGGAAAAUCCUUAACGCACACAUGAACUCGCUGCAGUGGAUUGAAUCGUCCACCACAAGCAUCACGAAUCGACUGGAGGAGAUUAACAAGAUGCACGAAACAUUGCGGAAAGAUAACGAGCGUUCCUUUCGUUUAACGUACUACGAUCAGUGA